AACACUUCGUGAGAGAACAGAGCAAGCUGUAGCUUCAUCUAUAUUUCCACGAGACCUACUCUACCUUAUUGAAGUGAUAAACGCUAGAGGAAUAUGGAGAACAAAAAUGCUACCACCCUUAAUGAACAGAAACCUGAUGAAUCUCCUAAAAGCAAAGAGGAUUCACUUCUCCCCAUCGCUGAGAAGGGACUUUUCUUCCAUGAUUCCUUCUUCGAGGAUAUUCGGAAGCACUUUGAAACAGCCAUCGACCAAAUCCUGGAUAGGUGGGGAGAAGCCAAAUCAGUGAGUGAUCUCAUGAGUAGCUUCACACGCGUAAGAGAGCGCAAUUUGCAACAAGAGAACCAAGUCAUGGCCUUCAGCGAAGACGACCAGAAUCACAAGGUUGUACUGGAUGUUCAUGACUUCAAGAAUGGGGAUGUUAAGGUUAGAGUGGAAGACAACCACGUGGUGGUGGAAGGUCAAGUGGAAAAGGAAGAGGGUGACUUCAAGUCCAAGAAAAGCUUCUGUCGAUGUUUCACUUUCCCUUGCAAAGUGAACAUGGAGGGCGUGACUUCUGCAAUGUCUUCUGAUGGCGUCUUGAGUAUCACGGCUCCGAAGAUUCCACAGGCAGCAUAGAAAACAGAUUUCAGUAUCUGAAAUUGUAAUCUACUUUUAAAGAUAAUGUACGUUUAAGUAACAAUUUAUUUUUCUUUUGGAUAAUGUUAAAAUGAAGCUUUUGCUCUUUUUUUCAAUAAAUUAUACUUGUUUA